AUGCGUCGCUCCAAUUUGAUGUCCCAUCUCUCACGGCUGUCGCGAUGGCUGUCAAACGCCAGUCCCAAGUCGCUGGCAACCUUUGCGACCUACAGCGUGCUCCCUGGCCUGAUAAUCUUUCUUUACCUGGUCCUUCCCGAUUCGUUUGAAAUCGGUGACAUUUUCCAUCCCCGAAACCCCAGUGGCCCGUCCGUGUUUGACUCCUACCUGGAGUUGUUGUCCAGAACCACCCCGCCGUAUCACCCAAUCGACGAGCUGAUUCUCGAAUCCGAGCGGAGCCAUGAUCGCCUGCUAUUACAGCGCUCUCCCGAUCUUAGAACAGCCGCGGCCAAAUAUCGCGAACGAAGGGGGAGGCACCCGCCACCAGGCUUCGAUAAAUGGGUUGAAUAUGCCUUGAAGCACGACGCGAUUAUCCUUGAACAGUUCUUCGACCGCAUCGAACAUGACAUGCUGCCCUAUUGGGCCAAGGAUCCAAUAAUCACGGCAGCACAGGCUGCCAGUGGGGAACAUCUAGUCAGGGUACGCAAUGGCGCUGCGUAUGCCAUUGGGGAUACCAAGGGUCAUGUCCCGUGGUUGAGUUUAUGGACUUCUCUCAUUGGCGAAGCUGCUGAAUGGCUACCAGAUGUCGACAUGCCCAUCAAUUAUAUGGACGAGCCAAGAAUUCUGGUACCGUGGGAUGACAUCAAUGCUCUAGUGGGAGAUGCCGAGCUAGCGAGAUCCAUUUCAACACCUCAGGAUACAAUCCAGGCCUACAGCGGACUGAAGGAGGUAGAUGUGGAGUCUAUUGAACCUCCACCAUCGGAUUGGGUCACAGGGGGCGCGCCUCCCUACUGGGAUAUGGCACGCGAGGGUUGUCCGCCGGAAUCUCCAGGCAGAGAUGCACCUACUGUAAAGGAUUUUACGACACCACCAGCUUUUCCGUUGGACUGGAGAGCCCCAUUCUCUCAGGAUGGCUUUGUCAAGAACUACUCGGCCUCGAUGGAUCCUUGCACUCAACCGCACUUGAAUGGACUGCAUGGUACAUUCAUCGAGCCUAUCACGACUUCGACGUCCAGGUCUCUGGUCCCUAUGUUCAGCGGAUGCAAGCUACCGAUGAACAAUGAUAUUCUAAUCCCAGGAGCCAUGUACUUGGUUGACGAUGCUCAAUUUUCUGGCGGUUGGGGUCACGGGCCGCGUUGGGAUUUGAAACAGGGAGGUGUUGUAUGGCGCGGCGUCGCCUCUGGAGGUCGCCACAAGGAAGAAAACUGGAAACACUUCCAGCGUCUACGAUUGGUACAAAUGCUGAACGGUAGCACAGUGUCCAACGUAGAACGGCAUGGGCUUGACGCGGAGACUUUCCCGAUGCCACCACCGAACUUGUACAACAUCACGGAUGGCCGUAAGGGCCACAUCGGCGAGUGGAUAUCGACUAUAGGCGACGCAGGGUUCACAAACUUUAUGUGUUUCCCUGUCACGGAGGAUUGCGUAUUCUGCUGCAAUUACCUGGAGCCAUACUAUCGCCCAGCUAAGAAGGUCAAAAUGGGGAAGCAGUUCCGCCAGAAGUUUAUGCCCGACGUUGACGGCAACAGCUAUAGCGCACGUUUCCGCGCCCUCCUCUUGUCCACCUCGCUUCCGCUCAAAAGCACGAUAUAUGCAGAAUGGCACGACGAUCGUCUGGUACCGUGGCUACACUUUGCGCCUCUGGAAAACACGUUGCAGGACCUGUAUGCCGUAUUGGACUAUUUUACGGCAGAUGAGAAGGGCGACAUUGCAGCUCAACACAUAGCGGAAUCUGGGAAAGCUUGGGCCGAGAAGGUUCUCAGACGAGAAGACAUGCUACUUUACAUUUGGAGGCUGCUCCUCGAGUUCGCGAGGGUUUGUGACAAGAACCGGGAUAGGAUGGGGUACGUCAAUGACCUGUUAUGA